AACACUUGUGAUGUCCGAAUUUGGCUAGGAAAUGGGGAAAUUCCGGUAGCAAUUAAGAGGGAUUUAAGUGUGUUUUGUUGCUUAAUUCAAGUGAGAUUUAUGUGAUUGAGUGUUAGUUGGUUGUUGUGAUUUUUGGAGAAAAUCCCGUGAGAUUAGCUAGUGUUUUGGCCAAUUUGUGGAAGUGGAGGGCCAACAUUUAAUGGGAAUUUAAAUGAUUAGUUUGUGAUAUGGGAACGAAUUUGGAGAUAUUUGAUCAUGUGAAGAUUGAUAGGAAUAGCAUUGGGAUUAAGAGUGAUCUUGAUGAUUUCAGUUUGAAUUUGUGAUAGUCCGGUAUUAAUUCUGAGGUAUUUUGAUUAGGUUCUCGAUCGUUCUAUCAGUUAGCAUUGAGAUUGAGUGCUCGGUUUUAUGCAAGUGAGGUAAGUAAAUUUAUGGUAAUGCCCGUACUGUUUUAAAAGCAUGUUUUGAUUUGUUUUUGAAGUGGUGGCGGGACUAAACCCGUUUUACACAAGUAUGAUUGAUUUGAAGUGAAAUAUUUUAUGCUUUUCACUAAAUUGAGCAUGCCUACUUGAAAUUUAAGUGAUUGUCCUGAUGAUCUGAAAGUGACUUGAAAAUGAUUGUGAAUUGUGAUUUUCCUGUUAACUUCUGCCUGUUUUGUCUCCGAUGUGGUCAUGUUAUUCGUGACCCUGCUAGUGGGGGAGGUUAUAAACACUAGCACAUGUCGGCACAUGUCGAUAUGUUAUUCGUGACCCUGCUAGUGGGAGAGGUUAUAAACGCUAGCACAUGUCGACAUGUAGUGAUAGAGCCAGUUCGUUCAACCCAGCUAGUGGGGGUUAUACACCAGCAAAUCGUGGCCCUGCUAGUGGGGAUUAUACACUGGCCGUGACCUAUAGAGGAGACGUCUAUUUCGUUCCUGUACUGUAUCCAAUUUGCGUGAUUGCACAUGUUGGCAUGCUAUAAGUUUAAUAAUGGGCACUCCAUAUUUACUUACUGAGUUUAUCUCAUAGUUUUCCUUGUCCACCAUUUCAGGAAGUGAAACCGAGGACGGGAAAACCACGGGAAGUGACGAGUUAGAAGGCUAGCCAUAUUGUAAUUGGAUAUAAAUUUUAGAUAUGAAUCAUGAUCUUGUAUUUGGAGAUUUUAUGAUAUGAGAGAGAAUUUUAAAGAUUUGAUCUUCAGAUUUUGAUGGUAUCAGAGUGUGACAUGAUAAGUUC